AUGCCUCCAAAAACUCAUGGAGAAACCAAUAUUCAACCGACUAAGCAUAUACAAACCAUAAUAUCUUAUGGCAAGGACGUCAUAGUUGGUGCAUUGAUCACCAUCAAACCGAUACUCUCAUGGCUCUUGGCAGGAGCAAUACUGGCCGCCAUGGUUUCAUACACAUACAAUACAGUUACAGAUUCAGUCACAACGUUAAUAUGUCCAAGCAUUUGGGGUUCCUACAUUCCAUUUUGUCAAGAUGUCCGCGCACCGGUACCUGACUUUUCUCAGCUGGUGGAGAAACAAGUCAACCUGUACGAGACGAUGACCUCCCAAUAUAAUCCAGACACCAUCUCGGCCAUCGAACUCAAAAAAGUCGAGUUAGCCACCAGAGAUUUGCAAGUUAUGAUUAAAUACUCAGGAUUGGGCAGCGCUCACUUGUUGGAUGACAAGCUUGGCGAUUACUUGUUACGAUCACGAGACCUUGGAAGGAAAAUCCAAUCACUUCAAGCCAAAACGAAAGGAACCAUUGAUAAUCUUAUUACUUACAACAGUUUUAUUUUGAGAAAACUUCAUGAUUUGGAAACCAAGAAGGGUAGUAAGCAGGAAUUGCGCAAGUUAUAUGAAACGUCGAUGGGCUUAGUUGAGGACGAAGCAGCUAGGUUGAUUCUCGCCAUUGAGGAAGCCCAAGGCUGUCUUGAUCGACUGGAAGAGGACUUGUACUCCAUACAAGAAAUAACUACACAAGAAGCAUAUUUCCAAGACCAACAUCGACCAAGUCUUCUCGCUGACAUUCUCAAUAUGAUCUCUGGAAAAGGAAUGAGACGACCUUUAGUGGAAAAGAACAUGAUGUUACUCAACAACUUUGAGCUUCAGCGUCGGGAUGCCGCAGAGAAGCUACAGUUGAUGUUGCACCGCAUGAUUGCCUUUCAGACGGAUUUGGAAGAGCUUAGAUCUCAAGUUGUUCGACCCAUCAUCAUCGCUGACUCACUACCAUUGGAAGUUCAUAUCGAGAACGUUGGCAAAGGAAUUGCACGCUUACGGCAGAGCAAAGUUCUAGAAACAUCCCCAAAAGAAGCAUUGCUUGUUGGAAAGGAUUGAUUUUUUUUUUCAGUAUUUUAAAAGUAAAUCUAGCCUUGCCUUUGUAAUUAUUUAUGUAACAAUAUUCAGUACAAUGUCUUUAAGAAACCCCUAUUUUUUAUUAACAUGGGAAG